GUAGCCUAUCCCUUCUCCAGCGGAUCUUCCCCACCCAGGAAUUGAACUGGGGUCUCCUGCAUUGCUGGCGGAUUCUUUACCAACUGAGCUACUAGGGAAGCCCCAUCAGAUAAAAUAGACCUCAGAGCAAAAUUUAUUAGCAGAGAAAGGAGCGACAUGCAUAACUGAUCAUGUGUGUUAGUUCUUCAGUCGUGUCUGACUCUUUGAGACCCCAUAGACUGUAGCCUGCCAGGCUCCUCUGUCCAUGGGAUUCUCCAGGUAAGAAUACUGGAGUAGGUUGCCAUUUCCACCUUCAGGGGAUCUUCCUGACUCAGGGAUCAAACCUGGGUCUCCCACAUUGCAGGCAGACUCUUUAGAGUCUGAGCCACGAGAGAAGCCCAUGAAUAACCAUGAGGGGUCAAUUCAUCAGAAAGACAUAAGGAUAAUCAAAUAUCAAAUAUCUAAUAAUAGAAUUUUAACAUCCACUAGGCAAAAUUUGACAGAAUUGAAGGGAGAAAUGGACAGUUCACAAUCAUAGUUGAAAGUUUUAUUCAGUUCAGUUCAGUUCAGUUGCUCAGUCAUGUCCAACUCUUUGCGACCCCGUGAAUCGCAGCACGCCAGGCCUCCCUGUCCAUCACCAACUUCCGGAGUUCACCCAAACUCAUGUGCAUCGAGUCGGUGAUGCCAUCCAGCCAUCUCAUCCUCUGUUUUAUUAUCCCUCUAUUAAUUAAUUGAAAAUCUACACAAGAAGUCAGUAAAGACACAGACUAACUGAGCAACAUUGUCAAUCACCUUGACCUAACUAAUAUUUACAGAAUACUAUACCCUAAAUGUACAAUGAACAUUUUCAAGUGCACAUAGUAUAUUCACCAAUAUAGACCAUAUGUUAGUCAAUAAAACCAAAUAUCAACAAAUUAAAAGGAACUGAAAUCUGUAUGGAGUUUGUUCUCGGGCAUUUGGGUACCCUGGAGGCCAGUAAGGGAAGAAGGGUAGGUCCAGAGAGCAGGUACAAAUGGCAGUGCCAGCGGAAGCGGGUGCGGGUGGGGGCUGAACAGGAGCGGGGAAGAAAGGUGGGUGGGGGCACCAGUUACCCACUCCAGGCUCCAGCCUUUCAGUUUCUGGCUGCUGCCUGUUCCCAGAGCUGCCAGGAGUGGGGAGGGCUGCCAUUAGAUUGGCGCAGAUGGUGAUGCUCAGAACGGGGCCCCAGGGCUUCCUGCUUGGCUCCUUUAUCUGUCUCAGGGGCGGACAACUAGCCUUCCCUGCUCUGGCCACAAAAGGAGAGCACCUAGCAAGGAACAGAGGUGACUGCUGCAAGAUGAAGCCCCAUGCGUGGACCUAGAUCCCCUACCUGAAGGGGCAGCUCCUCAUCUGGAACCUGACUCAAGUCCAGGGGCCCAGCUGGUGGUGGCCAAAGUGCCUCCUCACCCAGAUGAGCUUCAUAUCCCAGGUGACUGGAGCAGAGGUCCUCAGCUUGUCUGUCUUACCUUUUCUCCAGGACUUCAGCUCAUCUCAGGCUGUGACAGGGGCAGUCAGCACCAUUAAGUUCUUCUUCUCUGAGGCUUUCCUGGGUCAGCACUUCGAGGCUGUGGAGUUAGAGGACAAUGAACCUGAGCCGGGAGACCUCUUCCUAUUCAGGCUGAUGUCCCCAGCUGGACGCUGGUGUGGGGCCCACAUUGGUGUGUACUGUGGCCACGGAGAGAUCAUCCACUUUGAGGGCAAGAACCCUCGUGGCCAGGGGCCGCACCAGUUUCUUGGCUCCUGCAAAGGCGUUGUAUCCAAACAAGGGCAGCGCCCAAUGCUGCACUCCUGCUUGCUUUGGCGGGUGCUGCAUAAACGCGGUGGCAUUGACUGCGUAGCGCUGGAGCGCCAAGUGCACGAAGCCAUGGACACUGACCCGCCUCCCUAUCACCCUAUCUGCAGCAACUGCGUGCAUUUUGCUCUGCAACUGCUGGGUCCAGGGCUCAACCUGGACCCUGUACAAGUAGUCCAGAGUCCCAUGACUUCGGUGAGCACGGCCCAGCUACCCACAUAGGACCCCACAUCACCUCUAGAACCAAUUAACAACUGUAGCUAAACUAUGAGCUUCUGGACAGUUUGGGGCCUCUCUUCCGACCCAGGCCAUGUUACUCAAAUUGGAGAUCCACUUUACUUUGGCAUAACCGAAGCCCCCAGAAGCAAACUAGGCCUGCUCAUUCAUCAAGGUUCUACUCCUCAGAAAUUCUUUUGGGCCCACUCCAGAAAGAUCCACUCUCACAGAUACCAGGCACAUCUAUUUACUUCAGCCUCCUUCAGCCAGGUUCUGUGGUGGUCCUGGUCAACCCCCAUUCCCAUUCUUCAGCCAGGUGCUGCAGUGGUCCUGAUUAACUCUCAUUCCCAUUCUCCAAUGGAACCUAGCUAAGCAGUCAAGCCCUACCUUUCCCGGCCCCUCCAUUUCCACCGAGACCCUCCAAUUCUGGUUCUGGAGACACCGGUAGCCUAUAGAUCAAGACUCAGUCCUAUGGCCCCUUCCACAUUCCUAAUCCAAGCCUCACCUCCUGAAAAGUGAAAGUGUUAAUUUCUCAGUCCUGUCAGACUCUUUGUGACCCCAUGGACUGUAGCCCACCAGGCUCCUCUGUCCAUGGGAGUCUCCAGGCAAGAAUACUGGAGUGGGU